AUGUGGAUAUAUCUAUUAGGGAUUUUAUCAAAUUAUUUAAUAGCUUGAGGUUAUGAAGAAGCAAUAGGAAAUCAACACAGUUGCAAAGUAAUUAAUGAAUUUGUGAAUAAAAAAAAUCGAUUUCAGUGCAGUUUAGAUGAAUAUGAUAUAUUUUCUGAAGCUUUAAAUAAAGCAGCCACCAAAAGGAAAAUUGGAAUAAUUGGAUGUUUUGGCACUGAUCACGUUAUUCCUACAAUAGAUGUAGCUAAAUGGCUUACAUUAAGAGGCCAUGACGUUGUAUUUUACGGUUCAUUACACAUUCAAGAAAAAAAUUGAACUCUCAGGAGCAAAAUUCGUCCCAUACCCAGAAGAAUUUUUCACAUUUUAAAAAGAUGAAAUGAAACAAAAAUUGUGGCAUGCGGCGCAAUUGUUACAGUUGACUAA